ACCUUAUAUACAUUUUGAGCAGUUUCAGGUCAACACGAAACUAAACUAUGGCUACACCUUCAAACACAGCCAAUCCUGCACAGGAUCCGGAUCUUGACCAACCCGAUAACCCAAAUCACGAGUUCGCUCAAUUCGGAGCCGGCUGCUUCUGGGGAGUGGAGCUUGCGUUUCAGCGAGUUCACGGGGUCGUCAAAACAGAAGUCGGAUACUCACAGGGUCACACUCCCGACCCGAAUUACAAACUGAUUUGCACCGGCACCACUAACCAUGUCGAGAUAGUCCGCGUCCAGUUCGACCCGAAUGUUUGCCCUUACACCAAUCUCCUCUCCGUAUUCUGGUCCCGCCACGAUCCAACCACUCUCAAUCGUCAGGGCGGUGACGUGGGAUCGCAGUACAGGUCAGGAAUAUACUACUACAAUGAAAAUCAAGCUAGGUUAGCUGAGAAAUCGAAGGAGGCUAAGCAGGCGGAAUUUAAGAAUAAAAAUAUUGUGACUGAGAUUUUGCCGGCGAAGAGAUUUUACAGAGCGGAAGAGUAUCAUCAGCAGUAUCUUGAAAAAGGCGGUGGUCGUGGCUCGAAGCAGUCUGCUGCAAAAGGCUGCACUGAUCCGGUUAGAUGUUACGGUUAGAUUAAUGAUUUUAUUUUUUCGGAUUCGAAUCACCGAUAGAAAGUUUGAUCAAUUAAUUGAUGAUUUGAAUUGCGAAAAUAAAUGAAACUUUGUUGAAUUGCAAAAAUUCGAAAGUUUGUAUUGAAAUAUUAAAUUAUGCUACGUGUUCGUGGUUUUAUUUGUAUUUAAUCCGAAUAAUAAUGAUUAUGCUGUUUGUAUGUAUAUGCAUAUAAAAUAUUCAAGUUCA